GGGAGGGAAGAUGGCGGCGCCCAGCAGCCGGUGAGGACACGGGGAUCCCGGGGAGCGGCCAGACUCGUGCGUUAUGGCUGCCUCGCCGCACAGUCUCUCCUCACGCCUCUUGACAGGUUGGGUAGGAGGAUGUGUCUGGCAUCUAGAAAGAAGAUCUGUGCAGGAAUCCCCUCACAAGUUUAUGCAUCUUUUCAGGAGCAUCAAUAAGCAGUGGAUUACAUUUCAGCACUUUACCUUCCUCAAGCGCAUGUAUGUCACACAACUGAGCAGAAGCCUCAACCAGCAAGUAAAACCGAAGCCAGAACCAGUGGCAUCUCCUUUCCCUGAAAAAACAUCUUCGAGUCAAGCCAAAGCAGAAGUAUAUGAGUUGAGACCUCUUUCACCUCCCAGCCUAUCUUUGUCCAAGAAGCCAAAUGACAAAGAAUUGAUAGAACUAGAAUCUGCCUCGAUAAUUGAAGGCUCAGUAGAUGUGGGAAAAGAGACAAAAGAUGAAAAGCAGUGGAAAGAGAUGAAGCUGCAUGUGGACGAUCUACCGGGAAUUUUGGCUCGACUGUCCAAAAUCAAACUCACAGCUCUCGUCGUCAGCACCACCUCAGCUGGGUUUGCGUUAGCUCCAGGACCCUUUGACUGGCCCUGUUUCCUGCUUACUUUGGUUGGAACAGGCCUUGCAUCCUGUGCUGCCAACUCCAUCAAUCAGUUUUUUGAGGUGCCGUUUGAUUCAAACAUGAAUAGAACAAAGAACAGACCUCUGGUUCGUGGACAGAUCAGCCCGUUGCUCGCUGUGUCCUUUGCCACCUGCUGUGCGCUUCCAGGAGUUGCCCUUCUGACCUGGGGUGUGAAUCCGCUCACGGGAGCCCUGGGGGUCUUCAACAUUUUCCUGUAUACCUGCUGUUAUACCCCGUUGAAGAGGAUCAGCAUUGCCAACACGUGGGUCGGAGCCGUGGUUGGGGCCAUCCCACCGGUCAUGGGCUGGACGGCAGCGACCGGCUGCCUCGAUGCUGGAGCAUUUCUUUUGGGAGGAAUCCUCUACUCCUGGCAGUUCCCUCACUUCAACGCGCUGAGCUGGGGCCUCCGCGAAGACUACUCCCGAGGCGGCUACUGCAUGAUGUCCGUCACACACCCGGCCCUGUGCAGGCGCGUCGCCCUGCGCCACUGUCUGGCCUUGAUCGGACUGUCCGUGGCAGCCCCCAUCCUGGAUGUCACCACAUGGACCUUCCCCGUCAUCUCCCUCCCCAUCAACUUGUAUAUUUCCUACCUCGGCUUUCGGUUCUACAGGGACGCGGACCGCAAGAGCUCCAGGAAACUGUUCUUCUGCAGCCUCUGGCAUUUGCCCUUGUUCCUGCUCCUCAUGCUCACCUGUAAGCAGCCGCGAGGUGGGGGAAGUGACAAGGGAGAACCUCAAAGCUGAGAGCGCAUGGGCGUGUGGGGAAGAAACCAAACAUACAGGGAGACACAAUUUUUUUUCCCUUUGCUGUAAGACAAGAACAUUUUGGUAAUUCUGGAGCUCAAGAAGAGAAAUUGCUGGGUUUAAUGCAAGAUUGUAAAAUGAUUUGGUGCUCAGUGAUCACUUGACAAUUUUUUUUAAUGAUAAUAUCCAAAAUGCUCCCCGAAUACGAAAUGGGUUGACUCAGCAGAUUAAUACAAAGAGAGCAUAAUUUUCUCUUUGAGGGCCUGUAUGUACUUUUUCCUCCAACCUUCCCAUUGUUUUUCUUCUUCCUUGCAUAGUUGUACAAGUAUGCUUCUUCCUUUUCUGGCCCCACACAUGCACUCCCCACCUGCCGGCCACAGUGGUAAUUGGUGGCCAGACAAGGUGAGCAUUCGUCUAUGAUAUCAGUAGUUCUGUGUCCUCAGGUGCCGCAAGGCCUAUGUCAGAGGAAAUGCACGCUGCCAGCCGCAGCACCCCCUUGCCUGUGAAUGAGCCAGGGUUCCAGCUUUCUCUACCCCACACGUACUCUCUGCCGCAUACUCCCUCAAACAGAAAGAGAAUACCAAGGCUGGGCUGCUGCACAGUCUUGGGAGGGAGAAUUCCAAACGGUUGUCUAGGGAAUCUCAGACUGGACUGCGGGCCCUUGGCCCUCACCCCCAGUACAUAUCAGCAUUUCACAACCUCCGAGGAAUCAAAGGCGUCUUUAUCGUUGCCUUUAAAAUACAGGAGGUAUCUAAAGCCUUUCUUUCUGGAUGGAUAGCGCUAGACCUAACACCAGAAGUCGCUCCGGCUCUGAUCCAGUCCCUUUCCUCUUAGCAUUACUGCAGAGCGUCAGCUCCUCUUUGCUGCGCGGCUGUCUCGAGGCCGUGUGAGAAGGGAAAUCAGAAAAAAAGGUGAGCUGGGCUGGCCAACCCACGUAGCUCACACGCUUGUCCCUUUAGUGAAAAACACAUUUCCAUGCUGGCAUCUUCUGAAUUCAGAAAUCAGCCUCCACACAUCAGCAGCGUUGAGCCAUGAGCGGGAGUUGGGCUCUGGGUGGCGACGCUUCCUUCCGGUCCUGGGCAUUGUGUGAGUUUCCUGGUA